AGUAAUGGCAAAGAGUUUGAAAGAAGACGUGGAAAGCUAGCUGGUGGUGGAGGAGAAGGCAAAGGAAUUUACAGAGUGUAUUUUUAGGGAAUACGAUGGGCUAUACGGCGGUAUAGUAGUAAAAAGCUGCUGUUCAUUAGGUUGAAAUGGAUCCUCAGGAGCCCCAGCCAUCUGCUGCUUCUGAGCCGGAUUCUUCCUUAGUGACAUGUCCCAGAGAGAAUCCCCUUCCCGGGAGGUGCAGUCACUUUGUGCAGAGGAAAAAGAGAUUCUGCAAAAUGAUCGUCUCUGAGGGAAAGAAGUUCUGCGGAGAACAUGCUCAGAGCGGGGAGGUACUGAAUCAUGGGGCUGCAUGGAGACUUCCUACACAGGGGAAUGGAUGUGGGGAGCAUGACAGCAGGAGGCGGAUUCCAUGCCCUCUGGACCCCAAGCACACAGUGUACGAGGAUCAGCUUCCAAAGCACCUCAAGAAAUGUAAUUCCAGAGAGAAACCCAAGCCUGUCUUUUAUGUUCAAGAUGUGAAUGCAGGGUGCCGGAUCACAGAGAGCACUAAUGAUCUGAUAUCUCUUAGUUCCUUCUCUAAAGAUGAGCUUCUGAAACUUACAGAGAAGCUGAAACAAGUAACUAGUGGCCUAGACCCUCCAUCAGCAGAUAAGAAACUAUGUCACUGGUCUUUACUUGAAGCCUUGAAUGAUCCAGCAAAUGGAGACACUGCAUCUAAGCAUCUCAAGCAGCAGGCCUCGAUUCUGGGACACCUGGACAGUCUGGGUUUGCUGGGUGGAUCUCGUUGUUUUGUAGAAUUCGGUGCUGGACGGGGCAAACUCUCCCACUGGGUGGAUAUUGCAACACAGGGCGCUGAAAACAUUCACUUCCUGCUGGUGGAAAGAGCAUCCACUAGAUUUAAGGUGGACGGGAAGCAGAGAAGUUCGGUUUUUGAGAGACUUCAAAUUGACAUUCAGCAUCUUUGUUUAGAUCGAGUUCCUAGCCUUAGUCAGAAGCACCUUCCAGUCAUUGGGAUUGGGAAACACCUUUGUGGAGCAGGGACAGACCUGGCACUGCGCUGUCUCAUGCAGAGUAACUUUCCUGCCACCGCUGAACCUUUGCCAAAAAGACCCAGGACAGAUCAUUUGCAGCAGGAAACAGUAAAAAAUGAAGGCAAGGAAGCAUAUCCAGUUAGUUCUGCCUGUGCGGGAGGCAUUGUCAUUGCUCUUUGUUGUCACCAUCGCUGUGACUGGCAUCACUAUGUAGGCAGAGAGUUCUUCCAAAGUCUAGGACUGGAUCAGAGGGAAUUCAACCUUUUUCAGCGCAUGUCCAGUUGGGCUACCUGUGGUAUGAGGAAACUGCCGGCCAAAGCCAUCCAGUCUGAUGAACAGAUGGAGUCAGAGGAACAUGAUGCAGAGCAACAGAACCUAGACUGUCAUUCAGAGACAGUUGAAGGGUUUCUCACAGUGAAGGAGAGGGAGAACUUGGGGCGACUGUGCAAGCUACUCAUAGACUACGGACGUGUAGAUUACCUACAGCGUAUGGGAUACAUUGCAGCAUUGCAGUAUUACACAGAGCCUGAAGUGUCUCUAGAGAAUGUUUUGCUCACAGCAGUACCACGGUAACCUUUCCCAAAGCUCACCUCAGAGGAGUGAGCUGUACUCAUCAAAUAUAUCAAUCAAAGGUAGCUAGACAAAAUGUUGAUGCUGCCAGAUGGCUGUGCUUUGUCACAUUAGUCCUUAAGUACUGUCCAUCAAAGUUCCAUAUUGUUGAGGAGUCUGAACCAUGACUGUAGUGUUCAAGGCUUGCCUGACUUCUCGUAGAAGUAGCCUGUGCUUCUACAGUGGCGCAUAAAAUUUUUUCUUUUAUUGUUUGUUUAUUCGGCCUCCAUUUGCAAUCUCAGUUUAAUCUGAAAGUGGAAUGAAAUAAAUAUUUUUAUUGUUUUUACUGUUA